CGGAGGGAUAUUUACCUAGUGUGUUUAAUUAAUUUGGCUUAGCUUAGGUACCAAGUUAUUAUUAUUCCUCGAGCAAGAGAAGCAAGGUGUUAUCUUAUCUCCUUCUUCUUUAUAUAGUCUCUUUUUUUGGUCUAGAUCCCAAAAUUGAAAUAAAUAAAUAAAUAAAUUGUUAAUUUUAUGGUGAACAUGAAGAAAUAACGAACGAAAAUAGAAUGGGAAAAACAGAAGGAGAAGAAAAAACAAAAUUGGAAUCAGUGAAGAAUUACUUAGAGAACAAAGGAAAAGCAUCAACGGUAGAAAAUGAAUUUCCUCCGAAGUUUCUAGAACCUCUAGUCUUAGAUGGCCAAUGCCUCCAACUCAUGGAACCUGGACGUAUGGUCUUCUCCAUGAAGAUACCUCCACGUUUACUCAAUUCAGGUAACUACUUGCACGUUGGUGCCAUCACUACUCUGGUGGAUCUGGUUGGCGCCGCCGCAAUUCCCGCCGCUGGAUUUCCGGUUGAUACGGGAGUUUCAGUUGAGAUCAAUGUUACAUGCUUUCAUGCUGCAUAUGUCAAUGAGGAGAUUGAGAUUGAUACGAGGGUUCUACGAGUAGGAAAGGCGAUAGCUGUUGUAAGCGUAGAGUUCAGGAAGAAAAAGACUGGCCAAGUUUUUGCUCAAGGGCGCCAUACCAAAUAUCUUCCCAUUACUAGUAAAAUGUGAAACUAAAAACAGAAGAGAGGAUAUGACAUUUUUGAGUUGGAAACAAAGCCACAAAACACUUUCAAGGUUCGUUUGAUGGUGAUGAUUUGAUAGACAGUAGAGACGAAUAAGAUACGAGAGUUGAAUAAUGUAGGAUAUGAAAAUGAUACGGUCUUAAUUUAUCAUGUGUUUGAUGUGCCUAAGAAACUAGAUAUUAUAAUCUUGGAGUGCUGCCAAGUUUUUGUUAAGGUGAUGAUAAAAUUUUCAAGGACACAAUGAGGAGUGCACUACCACAAGUUUAAACUUUAGCUUAUGCACUUCUGUUAUAUAAAGAAUACAAAGGAGGAGUCAAUGUUGUCAGCUAUAUGCCAUGUUAAUUUCAUUUUUUUCCUCUUGCAAUGAAACUCUACUGUUAAUCUUCUUGAUUCCUACACAAUUGACAGUUUCCUCAAAUCUAUACAAAAUAAUGUUGGCCAAAAA